CCUCAGCAGCACGUAAGAGCUCUACCACUGAGGAAGCUGCAUUGAGCCAGCCUCCUUUAGCCCUGGAAUGGUUUCUUGCUUUGUCAGCUGUGUCCUUGCAGCCUAUAAUGGAAUAAUGCUACCUCCGUCUUGAUCAAAACCACGGACUUUAACCUAGAACAGCAAUUMAUCAGAGCGCCAGGGUUCCUUAUCACUCAUUUCCCCUUGCCCUGCUACACCUAGGACCAGCCUAUUGCGGACCUUGAACAAGGGCGCAUCACGUUCACUUUUAUUUUUUUGCUAACCAGUUAAGAUGACUUUAAAAUCCAAUAAAAACGAACCUGCUGUCAUACUUGAGCGGGACUACAGCGCUCGAACAGCCCUCUCCGACCUGUACCUGGAGCAGCUCCUCCAAAAUAAACCAAUGCCGGAAAAGGGGCUUAUGCCAGCCUAUGAGACAAAGGGAGCUGAAGUAUACACCAACGGCAGUGCUGCUCACAUGAACGGAACUGAGCUAACCAGGAUGCGUGAGGUGGCAUUUGAAAAAAAUCCCUCAGAGCCCAUGGGGGUGACUCUAAAAUGUAAUGGAAAACAGAAGUGCACUGUGGCCAGAAUAUUACAUGGGGGCAUGAUACACAGACAAGGUUAUCUAAAUGAAGGGGAUGAAAUAGCAGAGAUCAAUGGAAAGAGUGUGGCCAACCAAUCUGUCGACCAGCUACAAAAGAUCCUGAAAGAUACCAACGGAGUAGUCACAAUGAAAAUCAUCCCCAACCAACCAAGGUGCUCUCCUGUGUGUGAGAUGUACAUGAGAGCUCAGGUUGACUACGACCCUGCCAAAGAUGACCUCAUCCCAUGCAAAGAGGCAGGGCUGAAGUUUAAAACGGGUGACAUCAUUCAUAUCAUUAACAAGCAGGACCCAAAUUGGUGGCAAGGCAGGGUGGACAGCUCUACCGCCGAUUUCGCUGGACUCAUCCCCUCCCCAGAACUUCAAGAAUGGCGGAUGGCAAGUAAAAGCAAGGCCACAGAGGGCACCCAAUCCUGCAGCCCCUUUGGAAAGAAGAAAAAGUGCAAAGACAAGUAUCUGGCCAAGCACAGCUCUAUCUUUGACCAAUUGGACGUGAUUUCCUAUGAAGAGGUUGUUCGGCUCCCUGCCUUCAGCAGAAAAACCUUGGUGCUUAUUGGUGCACCGGGUGUAGGAAGGAGCCAUAUCAAAAGCCUGUUGCUGACCAAAUACCCAGAGAAGUUUGCCUACCCAGCACCACACACCACCAGACCCCCACGUAAGGACGAGGAGAACGGGCAGGAGUACUACUUCAUCUCCAACGACGCCAUGACCAAGUGCAUCACUGGGAAUGAGCUGCUGGAGUAUGGCAGCUUCCAGGGGUUCAUGUUUGGAACCAAAAUAGAGACUAUCCAGAAGAUCCAUGAGCAAGGAAAAAUCGCUCUGCUGGAUGUUGAACCACAGACAUUGAAACUCUUGAGGACGGCAGACUUUGCACCUCUGGUGGUUUUCAUUGCACCCACCAACUCAGCUACUCAGUCAGAAGCGGUGCAGUUGAUCCAGAAGGAGUCAGACGCCAUCCUCUCCAGCUACAGCCACUUCUUUGAUGUGCAGCUGGUUAACAAUGAUAUUGAUGAGAGUGUGAAAGGAGUGGAGGAAGGGAUAGAGCAAGCCACCUCCACCCCACAAUGGGUGCCUGUUUCCUGGGUCUACUGACCUGUGUACCCCUGAAGAACCAUCAUAUAUUUAACAAAAGCUGGUGCAAUAUCACACCCCCACAAAACCUGGGCCAAUAUCCACAGUGCUGAUCUAAGAUAAGCUGCCUUUUAGAUCAUAAUGGGAAAAGAUUAUGGCAGACUAGUAACCGAAAAGUUGCAAGAUGAAAUCCCCGAGCUGA